CUUUCCUCUUUAUUCCCUCAGAGUCCCUUAGAACGCACCCUGUGCCGCCAUCGACGAUCACUUUGCUAGGGUUUCAGCCGCGUGAUCAAGGCCAUGGAAUCGAGAUCCACGGGGCGGUUCACGCUCGGGAAGCAGUCUUCCCUUGCGCCCGACCGCGCCGACGAGGUCGAUGGUGAGGAUGCCGACGGGCUGGAGCAGAUCGACGCCAACAUUCGUCUCAUGUACCUCGCCAACGAGGGUGAUCUCCAGGGGAUCCUUGAGCUAUUGGACUCUGGGGUUGAUGUCAACUUCAAGGACAUCGAUGACCGGACGGCGCUUCAUGUUGCUGCGUGCCAGAACCAUGCUGAUGUCGUGGAAUUGCUGCUUAAGAAGGGGGCUGAGAUUAAUCCCGAGGAUCGGUGGGGAAGCACGCCUCUUGCUGAUGCGAUAUACUACAAGAAUCAGGAUGUCAUCAAGCUGUUGGAGAAGAAUGGUGCUAGGGUUAAGACUGCUCCGAUGCAUGUUACAAGUGCCCGUGAAGUUCCAGAAUAUGAGAUAGAUCCGAGGGAACUUGAUUUUACCAACAGCAUUGAUAUAACCAAGGGAACAUUUCGGAUUGCCACAUGGCGUGGUAUUCAAGUUGCAGUUAAAAAACUUGGGGAAGACCUAAUCACUGAUGAAGAUAAAGUGAGGGCAUUUAGAGAUGAGCUUGCGUUACUCCAACAAAUACGUCAUCCUAAUGUAGUUCAAUUUUUGGGUGCAGUUACUCAAAGUAGUCCAAUGAUGAUCGUCACGGAAUAUUUACCUAAGGGUGAUCUUCGUGCUUUCUUGAAAAGAAAGAGAGCAUUAAAACCACUAGUGGCAGUUAGGUUUGCGCUCGAUAUUUCAAGAGGAAUGAAUUACUUGCAUGAGCAUAAACCUGAGGCUAUCAUUCAUCGUGAUCUCGAACCUUCAAAUAUACUUCGGGAUGAUUCUGGGCAUUUAAAAGUUGCAGACUUUGGAUUAAGCAAAUUGUUGAAAGUAAAUACUGUCAGGGAGGAUAGACCACUUGUAUGUCAAGAUACUGCUUGCAGAUAUGUAGCUCCUGAAGUUUUCCGGAAUGAAGAAUAUGACACAAAAGUGGAUGUCUUUUCGUUUGCUUUAAUUCUGCAAGAGAUGAUUGAAGGAUGUCCACCGUUUGCCAAUAAGCAAGAUGGUGAAGUUCCCAAAGCAUACGCCUCAAAAGAGAGACCACCUUUUAAAGCUAAUCUCAAGCUCUAUCCGCAUGGAUUAAAACAGUUGAUUGAGGAAUGCUGGAGUGAAAAUCCUGCUGAUAGACCAACUUUCCGAGGAAUAAUUGACCGGUUGACUUAUAUUCAGAACCAAAUUGCUAAUAAGAUGCGAUGGAAGGUUAAACCUCUGAAGUGCUUCCAGAAAAUUGAGGCCAUAUUCAAGAAAAACCACUCUGAUCCAAGCAGCCGUUCAUCUCAAUCAUCCAGUUCUUAUUUCUAAUGAUAAUUAUCGCUGUUGUUGUUACACAUGCUCCCCAAUCCUGUUCUCGCGUUCAAUGGUUUUUGAAGCAGAGUGAUUUGUAGAUGUUUCCCUUUUUUUUUUUUUUUCCUUUCAGAGUCUGAUGCUGCAAAUGUUAAUAGCUUUGUGUUUAAUCUCUUUAUAUCUGUUGUUUACUUGGAAUAACGACCUACUUCUGAAAGCAUAAGUGAGAUCAUGCAGGAUGUCCAAGCAACAAUGCAUAGGCUGUAAUGACUCUUUUAUAUUUAAAUGUGAAAAACAACUUUUAUUAUUAA